AUGACGCACAACAUCUGGGCGAUUCCGCUCCAACUGACAAACUUCAACCUCGUCGUUGCCGUCCUCGGUGGCUUUAUAUCUCUGUUUGGGUUGGUGUCGUAUCUGCUAAAGGAGAAUUACUACCUCUCAGAGGCCCUCAUUGCGCUCUUGGCGGGCGUCGCUUUUGGUCCGAAUGGUGCCAAUUUUAUUCGUCCGAAUGAUUAUGCGCAGUGUGAGCAUCAUGGUGUGACAGAGAGAGAUUGUUCGGACAACCUCCAUUCCAUCACGCUCAACUUUUCGCGACUUGUUUUGGGCGUGCAGCUUGUCCUUGCGGGCGUGCAACUUCCGAGCAAAUAUCUCUGGAAAGAAUGGAAGGCCGUUUUCUUGCUUGUUGGCCCUGGAAUGACGGCAAUGUGGCUGGCUACGAGCGUUCUUGUUUGGGGCUUCACUGGGCGACCUAGCUUUCUUCAUGCGCUUGCUGUGGGAGCCUGCGUGACGCCUACCGAUCCUGUCCUUUCGGCUGUCAUUGUCAAGGGAAAGUUUGCAGAUCAUAACAUUCCCAAGGAUCUUCAGAAUCUCAUUGUCGCCGAGUCGGGCACCAACGAUGGCCUCGGCUAUCCGUUCCUCUUCUUCGCCCUCUACCUCAUCAAGUACGUGGGCUCGGGCGCUACAUCCGGAGGUGCCGGAGAUGCCAUGGGUCUUUGGUUCGGUUUUACUUGGGGAUACACCAUCAUUCUGAGCAUCAUCUAUGGUGCUGUUGUUGGAUGGGUUGCCAAAGAGAUGCUUCACUGGGCUGAGGAGCGCAAUUACGUCGAUCGCGAGAGCUUCCUCGUUUUCGCCAUCUCGCUCGCUUUGUUUGUUCUGGGAACUUGCGGAUUGAUUGGAACCGACGACGUUCUUGCUUGCUUCAUCGCCGGCAAUACGUUUACUUGGGAUGAUUGGUUCCGCCUCGAAACGAAAGAUGAUUCUCUGCAGCCGACCAUCGACAUGCUUCUCAAUGUCACAAUUUUCUUGUGGUACGGCGCAGUCAUCCCCUGGGAGCUUUUCAACAACAACUCGGUCAUGCCGAUCUGGAAGCUGGUGGUCCUUGGCAUCCUCGUUCUUAUCUUGCGAAGGCUUCCCUGGGUGUUUGCCAUGCACAAGUGGAUUCCUCAGAUUGAGGAGGCCAAGCAGGCUGUCUUUGUUGGCUUCUUUGGCCCCAUUGGCGUUUCAGCCAUCUUCUACUUGUUCAUCAGCCUGGAGUUCAUUCAGGAGCACCUGAGCGAUGGGGAAGACAGGCCUCGUGAGGAUGUUCAGAAAUUGGGAGAGACUAUUCGGAUUGUUGUCUGGUUCCUUGCAGUUUGCAGCGUUGUCGUUCACGGACUCAGCAUCCCGCUUGGAAAGCUGGGCUACCUCGCCCCUCGCACCCUCAGCCGUGUCGUCAGUGAGAACAUGAGCGACGACGCACGCGUGGUGGAACGCCGCCGAAAGGUCCCCCUGAUCGGAUCAUGGCUCGCUGGGCUCAGUAAGGGAGAGCCUGAGCCGAGACCUAUCCGAGGUCCAAUCGUCAUUGCCAGUGCGCGUCCGAUGCGGCCAACGCUGGCAAACCGUGACAUGUCGGGGACGAGCACUCCACGACGAGACCGGGAGAUCCGGUUCCCUGAUGAAAUUGCGUAA